AAAAAACACUGAAGUUACUAUAUUGGCUUAUAAUCAUCUAAUGUAAUAAUCAUUCAAGAGUACAAUGUGGGAGUGUAGUGGCUUGGCUGCAUGUCAGCUGCUCUGAAGAGUCUCUCCUGAAGCUCGUCCUCUGACACACUUGGACUAAACUCUGGCAAACUCUGAAGCAGCUCUCGAAUGUGUCUGAAACUGUUCACCCACUGGACAGCUUUGUUUUACAAUCAAGACUCAUCUCUUACCAAAAAUAUCAGUCUUUUUUUACAGGUGAAUUUCUAACCAGGAAAGUAAAAGAAAACUAAAGGAACAAUGGACGUCACAGUUACCCCACCACCACCAACAACAACAACAACAACAACAACCACAAACUCAACUGUGUGUGUUCAAAUUGGCCAGAGCGCCAUUAGUGACUUCCUGAUGUCUGUUUACAUCCUGGCUUUUAUCUUUGGUUUGAUCUUUAAUGUGCUGACCCUGGGCCCCAUUUUCCAACAAGUGCGGCGGCAAAACGUUCUGGGCAUUUUCCUGCUCAACCUGUCCCUCUCCGACAUGUUUUUUAUCUUCACUAUGCCCCUUUGGAUCAAUUAUUACAUGCAGGACCACCACUGGAAGCUGGGUGCUAUCUCCUGCAGUAUAGCUGGCUUUGUCUACUAUUCCAACAUGUACACCAGCAUCUACCUGCUCUGCUGUAUCUCCGUUGACCGCUGCCUAAUGGUCACCAACCCACUCCGCGCCAAGACCCACCGUACAUCAUGCUACGCCUGGGCACAGUGUGCCACUGUUUAUGUUGUAGUGAUGGCGCUACAUAUCAUGGUACUGGUAAAUGACAAUCUCUCUGACCCCCAUGAUGAUGUAAACAACAAUGACCGUUGUUAUGAGACUUACCCCAUGGAGAAACCUGUCGCCCUGUUCAACCUGCUCAGAGUGGGGAUCGGCUUCCUGCUGCCCCUGCUGGUGUUGGCAGUGAGCUACUGGAGGGUGCUGGCCACUGUGGGACAGAGUCCCGGCCUGAGCGCCCACGUUAAAAGGAAGGUCCGUCUGCUGUCCUUUGGGGUGAUUGGGAUCUUCUCAAUUUGCUUUGCUCCAUAUCACAUUCUCCUGCUCACACGCUCACUAGUAUUCUACAACAGCGAUCCUCAAGGAAGUUACUGCCAGUUUGAACAAAGAAUGCACUUUUUAUUCUCAUGUACGCUGGCAUUGUCCAGUCUGAACUGCGUGGUGGACCCUGUGCUGUAUGUGUUGGUCAGUAAUGGAGUCCAGGAGGAGGUGAAACUGUGCUGGAGGAGGCGUAAAGUGACACAGGCAGGGAACUGUGCUUUGACUUCAAACAACAGAGGGAAGCCUAAUACUAACUUAAUAUGACACUUGAGCUGUAUUUGGGUGGAUAAGUGCACCUGUGCAUUUGUGUGUGUGUGUGUGCACAAUUAUGCAAACACAAUGUUGCUGUUUUUUUCUUUUUCAUUAGAUCAUUGAGGGGCGACACUUUACAAUGACACUGAGUCUGGUUUGUGGUUGUUUAAAUGUAAGUCUGCAUUUUCAGAGUUAGCGAGUAAGAGGCAGAAAAAUUUACAUACCAUAAUCAACACCUUGUGUACAGAGAAUCAAACAAUCUUUGAGAGAACCACAUUGUCGCUAUUUUUUUCUUUUUUUUCCUCAUAUCCUGCAAAGAGUAGAGGAGGGUUGAAUAGCAUCCUUCUCAGAGCUCUGUAAUUGGAUUGUAUUCCAAGGCAGGUUCUGCCUUCCCAAGAGUUCUUUAGUGGCACUUCUGAUGUGUAGCUGGACACUGCUGGAGUUGAAGAGCACUUGUGUCUUCUUUCCCAUCUAUAAAAGGAUUUUGAGAUUGUGAUUGUGUGACCUUGGUCUAGCUAAAAGUACAUUAACUUUAAAGCAUGCCACAAAGAGGGCAUUUAUUAGCAUGACCUUGUGCCUUUAUUGUCGAAGUAUCAGUGGAACAUGUUAAAUGUAAAA